AUGUUGACCACAGGGUUUCUGUCUGUGCUCCUGAUGCUGGGGGGUCUUGGAGGAGCAGCGGCGUCUGACUUGCAGGUCUAUGGGAAAUCUAUCAGUAGUGAUAAGACUUUGCUGAGCAGCAGUGAUGGAGGACACACUGUGAAGAAACAGCCACACCAACAGACAAAGAGUGACAUCCGCAGGAUUUUGGAUUUCGAGAGCUUCAACGUACGCGUGACCCCCAGCACCAACAAAAUCAGCCUCCCGAACAUCAUGAAGCUCUACCCGCCCACCGCCAAGCCUCUCCACCUGCACGCCAACAUGCCCAUGCGCUUUGGGCGGGAGAGUGUUCCUGGUGACGACAGGGUCCCAAAUUCGACCCCCAACAUGCCCCAGAGGUUUGGCCGGUCCUGGGGCGUCAUUCAAAUGUGUGCCGAGAGCCCUGAAGUCCGAGAAGCACUGGACCCGGUGAUGCCUCAGAGAUUUGGGAGGAGCAGUCCCUAUAGGAGGUUUCUUGGGACUCUGGUCAAUGCAAAGUUAUUAGACACUGGCUUGCACCGGGCUGAAGAUUUUGAUUUUACAACCAGCUCAGAAGAGGUGGAGAUGCAAAAGAAGUCCUUUAGAGGAUGA